AUGGAAGGUCCCAAAGCCACUGAACCAAAGCAAGAGCAGGAGCAACAUGACUUCAUCUCUGCUUCCAGUCCAUAUAGUUCGUUGCAACUAUCGCUCCAGCCGGAGAACAGUAACGUGGCCGAUUUAAGACAAGCCUCUAUCUCAAGAUGGACUCGUGAAGUGGAUGUGAGUGCAGAUAUUGCUCACGACUAUGCACCACUCGAUCGACCUGAUUCCUCUAUUGAGGAGGCUGUCCUUGAAGAUAGAUCUGAGAGAAAGGGAAACGCUUCUAAGGGCGCAUCCCCAAUUACUAAACCAAAUUUCGAUGAACAAGCGGCCUUUUCAGAAAGGCCAUUUACGAAGCAUGAGCACCCCGUGAUAACAACAACGACAGCCACAGCUGUGAGCACCUCUACGAUAAAUAUUGCGUCUGUCGUGGUUCAAUGUCUCAAAGAUUUAAGUCGGCUUGUUUCCGAAGACUUGACAUCAUUCGCUUCGGAAGUCCCGCCACCGCUGUGGAAAGAUGAGUUGGGACGUUUGCGAGUUUGGGCUGCCAAUAUUGGGGCACAUCAGACCGGUCAAUCGUCGCUAGAUCAUCGACUACGAGAUGCAUCGCACAUUAAAGAGCAGACACUCCGCGUCCUUCAACGGCUGCAGCGAACUACCCAGGAUAUCAACGAUGUUUUACAUCACUCACCUGAAGAUGACGAUUUCUCCGAUCUAAGUGGGGAUGAAGAUAGUGACGAGCAUCAAACAGAAAUGCAGUCUAUAUAUCAUGCUCUGCGAGAUACUAUCAACAACCUGUUCCAAAUGUCAAUGGUCAUUCGUCAGCCAGCUCAGCAUGAUCGCCUUAUUGGCACCAAAAGAUCGGACGCAGUCUUUUAUGAGAAGUUUGACCACCUACAUGUCACAGCAAAAUACCCUCAAGCCGGGGAGGAUAUUUUGAAACGUCUUGGGCUGGCAAUAUCACAGCGUCGAGCCGUAAUGCGGUACCGUGAGCGUCAUCGCACCAAACUCGGCCAGGGUCUCAAUCAGGUUAUUGAAGAUCAGACAGACGGGCAAUCAGCCAAACUAUCAGACACAGUUGCAACUGAGUUUGUGGAAGUUCCACCAGUGGCAAAGGACAACUUGGAACUGCUAACUGUCGCCUCACAAACAUCUUAUGCUCAAACCAUAUUGAAUGGGGCGGAAGGGACGGUUCUUCCGCCUCCCCCGAAAGACUCCGCUGAUGGAGCUCCAUUUGAAUGUCCCUAUUGUUUUGUAAUUAUCACCAUCACAAGCCGGAGGGCCUGGGCUCGUCAUGUCUUUAAUGACUUGAUGCCAUAUCUGUGUAUCUUCCCUAGCUGUCCGACACCCCAUCGACUAUAUGAAAGCCGCCGAGAGUGGUUUGCUCAUUUGCAAAGUCAGCAUUCCAUAUCUGAGAGCCCAGAUGUACAUGUGGACUGUCCACUCUGCCCAUCUUCACUUCCAUCUGGGAAGCAGCUUGAAAGACACCUGGGCCGGCAUCUGGAAGAGCUGGCGCUCUUUGCGUUACCGCGAUCUGAAGAAGAAGACGACGAUGAAGCUGCAAUUUCUCCUGAUGAGGAUUCUGAUAAGUCGUACGAUCCGGUCGGUGAGGGGCGAUGUCCCCAAUGUGACCUAGUCUUCCGCGACCUACGAUCUCACGCCUUGACGCACAACCGAACUGAGCGGCCAGAAAAGUGCCCGAUCGUAACGUGUGAGUAUCACACAAAGGGGUUCGCUCGCAAAUACGAUAGGAAUCGCCACGUCCUGGCCCACUACAGGGGCGUCAUGGUGUGUCACUUUUGUCCAGACCCUGGGACACCAAAAGAAAAGAGCUUCAAUCGGGCCGAUGUAUUCAAACGCCACCUUUCCGCCGUCCAUGGGGUGAAGCAGCUGCCACCAAACCAGCGUAAUACCAGGCCGAUGUCCUCCAUCGAGAUAGGUAUGAAGCACACCAGCGAUUCCACUGGAAAUUGCUCUAUCUGCAAUGAAACCUUCAGGGACGCCCAGGACUUCAGUGACCACAUUGACAACUGUAUAAUUAUCAAGGUGCUGCAAGGAUCCUCCGAGCCCAUCAACCACAUGCGCCUCACUGAGGUGAACGAUGAGGAAGAAAUGAAUAAGGCGUCGAAGCACAACUUCCUGGGCGCGGAAGAUCCAAUCGACCCGCCAAACUAUAAGAACGCUCACAAUGACCAUGGCUCGAGUUCAAAAGCAGAAACCCAGUCUGCCAGGGAGAACAACUUGCCUGGGGAGAUCCAUCUUGAGGUGCACGAGCCAGCAGUCAGUUAUACACCGGACUAUCUUGCGGAUCCCACAUCCACACAGCCAAUACAUUGGGACCGCCGAUGGGACGAUGAUGAGGGUGAACCCGAUGUUAUCGCUCUUAGGUACCGUGGAACCAUCUAUCCACUCCACUUCCGCGCAUAUGCUAUCGAGGACGGUGUGCUCACUGUUGGCGCGCUGCGGCUGGAAGCUGCGAAGAAAGUUGGAGCACCUUUUCCGAAUCUUGUUAGAUUGGCGUAUAAGGGAAUUACGCUAAGAGACGACAAUCAAAUGUGCAAAGAAAGCGGGCUCAAACAACAUUCAGAAGUGCUAUGUGACAUCCCCGAAACAGACCCCAAUACACUGAACGACUCUUCCGACUAUGAAAGAGGCCAUGCGAGCAAUCUGCCUCAGGCCCAGUCCAAAAUUACGGUCAAUAAGGACAAGAAGACUAGACAUAGUUCUUCUCUUCGCGGUGAAACCGAAACCGCAUCAUCGCCCUUUCCCCCAUCACAACGCACAUCGUCCGCUCCACCUAGAAACUUACCUCGGCCUCCACCGAAUAUAGAACUACUGCAUACAGCAAUGGAGCAAGUGACUGCCUUGGCUAGGUGGUUUGAACAUGAGAUGAUCCCACUUUGUGACGAAUACAUUGCUCACCCGCCGGCCGAUAUCAAGAAGCGGGUUUUCGAACAUGAGAAGCUGAGCGUGACGAUGACGAUCCUUGCGCACGUGAUGUUUAAAGCGGAUGGAAUUGAUCCAAACGGCGAUGAGAACGCACACGUUGCCCGCAGGGCCCUCAUCAAAAAUGCGCAACAGGUUUUAGGCCAGCUAGAAGCGGCUCGAGAUAGCUAUAUCGGUCAUGCCUAG